AUGGAAGAAGACGCGAACACACAGCCCAGCCGUGACCAGCAGCAGAAUCAGAAGCAUCCACGGCCGUUCAUUGCUGCAAACUCAUCCACCUUGUUUAGGUUUUUUUCAACCGCUUCUUUGGCGGCGCGGGUCAAAAUAUUUUUCAGAAAUAUUUCUUCACAAAUGAUGAUUAGCAUCGCCAAGGAGGGUUUGGUGCUGUCUUGGCGACCCAUCCGGCUCUCUUGGCUGCGACGCAAUUUUUCGGAUAGUGCUGAAUUUCCUGUGAACCCAGAAUGGAGCAAACAACAGACGCUGUUGCGGAAACAGCGUUCGGCUAGACGAUCCUACAACGGCCACCAUCUUGCCAAGAGCAGCAUUGGAGACGCCGAACUUGAUAGUUUCGACGCCGACUGGGGUGACUUUACUGCAGAGGCCAAACAGUACUGGCAUGAGAACUCGCGGCCGUUGCAGGAACCCGAUUGGAUCGCCAGAUCUGAGCCCGCUGCGGAGACAGGCCCUGCGUGGCUAGACAAACUGCUUGGCGCGCACACACAGCUGCAGAACGAGACCCGAGUAAAACAGUUGCACGACUACUUCCAGCAUUUUGACGACGCAUAUUUCCAGAACAUAGAGCCCAAUAGAGCCAGCUUCUACCGGCAGGAAAUAACAGAGUACGGCAAGGCUUUGCGCAGGUACAAACAGCUGGACAUUGACGAGGCGCAGUUGCAGCACUUUAGCGAGCGGACGCUGCUGCUGAACCAUAUCACCGACCAUGCGCAAAUCACGGCAGCCAGAGCAGCUUUGCUAAGGGAAAAGAGCACGCACGCUUUGCCUGGCGACCUACGAGAGAAAAAUGGCCCCGUCGAGGCGAUCCAGAAAUGGUACGACUCGCUUCCGCUGCCGAAAUGCAGCCACGUCGGCCGCGACGACUUCGAGCUACUCGCUGCCGCCAUCAACCAGGCUCUGGCUCGAGAAUUGACGGAGCUGGCUCCAGAAACACUGCGCUGGAUCCGUCAUUUUUACUCGGAAAUGGUCAUCAGCCGCAUUCCGCUCACAGAGAUAGAAACACACAACUGGAUAAGACUCAAGUUGGCAUGUUCCGACGGCAAUGUCCUCGAUUUCCUUUCCCUCUAUCCGUAUAGAUUACAUGUCUCGCAUUUCAAUUUGCUGCUUCCAAACGCGGACCCGCAAACUGUUCUGUCACAAAUGAACAGGGCAAAUGUCAGGCCCGACAGAACGACAGUGGUCCAUCUGCUGGACCACUACGGCAACAAAGGCGACCUCAACAGCGUGCUCAACAUUAUAUUUUUCACGAUCCACGACUUACGACCCAACAUUGACUCACAGCUUAUAGAAUCUUUUAUAGGCGCCCUCAUCAAGGCCGGCGAAACCAAGCUGGCCCUCUUCAUACUUGUGCAAACGUGCCAUGUGUACGAAAUCAACCCGACGCUCGAAUCGCACGACACUCUUUCCGAAACACAGACCGUCAUUCUGGAUUAUCUGGUGUCCAAUUUCGUGCAUUUGCACCACGCCACGCUCCAGCAUUCAAUCAAGCCGACUGCGGCCAUGAUGAGACCGUUCCUCAAGGUGUACGACCCUGCCAGCCAGAAAGACGUUUUGGCCGCGCUCCUCCAGCUGGUGUACAAGUACGAUAUCGAACUAUAG